AUGAGUCUUUCCAACGUCACUGCAGAAUUCACCCGGGAUCUCCCCAAAGUCGAGUUGCAUGCGCAUCUGAGCGGCAGCAUCAGUCGCCAGUGUCUGCAUGAGAUCUGGCAGCGCAAAAAGGCCCAGAAUCCCGGGUUAGCCGCGGAGGAUCCAUGGGUGGUGAUGCCUUACGGGAAGGAGGACUAUUCACUGACGAACUUCUUCAACGUAUACUGCAACUCUAUCUAUCACCUGUGCAACGACCUCCCCAGCAUCGCCUACGCCACCCACUCCGUCCUCGAUGACUUCCGUCACGACGGCGUGUGCUAUCUCGAGCUCCGCACCAUCCCCCGCGCAUCCCCGGACUCGUCAUUCACGCGCGAAGAAUACCUACACACCAUCCUAACCACCAUCGAAACCUACCGUCUUACCCAUCCAGACCUCACCAUCAACCUUAUUCUGUCCAUCGACCGAGCUAAUGCCUCCGCCACGGCCGCCCUAGCCAUAGUCGACCUGGCCCUGGCCCAUCGCGCCCGCGGAAUCGUCGGCAUCGACCUCUGCGGUAACCCCACCAAAGGCGAGAACCUCGCCAUCUUCGCCCCCGCAUUCGCAAAGGCGAAGGCGCACGGUCUCGGCAUCACCCUACAUUUUGCAGAGAUCGACCAUCCCCCCGCGGAAGAUGAACUCUCCGUUUUAUUGGGCUUUUGGCCCGAUCGGCUGGGUCAUGUCCUUCAUGUUCCGGAACGAAUUAAAGAGGAGAUUGUCCGUCGCCAAAUCGGGCUGGAAGUCUGUCUCUCGUGUAAUGUGCUAUCGCAGAUGUGGGAGGGUGGGUUUGCGGAUCAUCCGUUUGGACACUGGAGGGGGGAGUGUCCGGUUGUGCUUUGUACCGACGAUGUGGGAUUCCUCUGUAGUCCCGUCUCAAACGAAUAUCGUCUGGUCGCGGAGCAUUUCCACCUCGAUCGACGAGAUAUCCUGCGUAUGGCGCGGAACGCUGUGAAUCUGAUUUUCGGAGGGGAGGAGGAGAAGUCGCGUCUUCGUCGGUUACUGGAUGCGUUUGAAGCAAGUCACGACGAUACGAUGAUCCCAAACUAG